AUGCCCCGCUGGACGCAGCCCCAGCGCGUCACUUCCGGGCGACGCCGGAAGCCGGAAGUCAGAGUCUUUCCCGGCCGCCUGGGCUCUCGGGGCAACUUGUGGGUCGUGUUGCCGGGCGCAGGGGUCCCCUCACGCCGUCACGCCGCCCCCCUCCACCACCGCCACCCGAUGCCGAGCCCACGGCUCCUGGUGCUGUUCGGCAGCCAGACGGGCACGGCCGAGGAUGUGGCGGAGCGGCUGGGCCGCGAGGCCCGGCGUCGGCGUCUCGAUUGCCGGGUGCAAGCCCUGGACUCCUACCCGGUGGUGAAUCUGAUUAAUGAGCCCCUGGUGGUAUUUGUUUGUGCAACUACAGGCCAAGGAGACCCCCCUGACAACAUGAAGAGCUUCUGGAGGUUCCUGUUCCGGAAGAAUCUGCUGCCCGCCUCCCUCUGCCAGGUGGCCUUCGCCGUCGUGGGCCUCGGGGACUCCUCCUACGCCAAGUUCAACUUUGUGGCCAAGAAGCUGCACCGGCGGCUGCUGCAGCUAGGGGGCACCGCGCUGCUGCCGGUCUGUCUGGGCGACGACCAGCACGAGCUGGGGCCCGAUGGCGCCAUCGACCCCUGGCUGCACUCGCUGUGGGAGAAGGUGCUGGGGCUGCACCCCGUGCCCCCUGGCCUCGGCGUGAUCCCCCCUGGAGUCCCCUUGCCUUCCAAGUUCACCCUGCAGUUCGUUCAGGAGGCCUCUGGGCCCUGCCUCUCGGAGCAGCACGCGGCCCAGGCCGACCCCCCGAGCCCCCCCUCAGAGCGGCGGCCCUUCCUGGCGCCCAUGGUCACCAACCAGCGGGUCACCGGCCCCUCCCACUUCCAGGACGUGCGUCUCAUCGAGUUCGACAUCUCGGACUCGGGCAUCAGCUUCGUGGCCGGCGACGUGGUGCUGAUCCCGCCCGAGAACACAGCCCUGCACGUGCAGCUCUUCUGCCAGGCGCUGGGCCUGGACCCCGACCAGCACUUCACGCUGCAGCCGCGGGAGCCGGGUGCUGCCCGCCCCGCGCGGCUGCCCCAGCCCUGCUCCGUGCGGCACCUCGUGGCCCGGCACCUGGACAUCGCCGGCGUGCCGCGGCGCUCCUUCUUCGAGCUGCUGGCCUGCCUGUCGCCCCACGCGCUGGAGCGGGAGAAGCUGCUGGAGUUCAGCUCGGCGGCCGGCCAGGAGGCCCUGCACCAGUACUGCAGCCGGCCCCGCAGGACCGCCCUGGAGGUGCUGUGUGACUUCCCGCACACGGCGGCAGCCAUCCCCCCAGACUACCUGCUGGACCUCAUCCCCCCGAUCCGGCCGCGCGCCUUUUCCAUCGCCUCCUCUCUGCUGGCUCACCCCACGAGGCUGCAGGUGCUGGUGGCCGUGGUGCAGUACCAGACUCGCCUCAAGGAGCCCCGCCGGGGCCUCUGCUCCUCCUGGCUGGCGUCGCUGGACCCUGGGCAAGGCCCGGUCCGGGUGCCCCUGUGGGUGCGGCCCGGGGCCCUGAGCUUCCCACAGGAGCCCAGCACCCCGGUGAUCAUGGUGGGGCCCGGCACCGGCGUGGCCCCCUUCCGAGCCGCCGUCCAGGAGCGAGUGGCCCGGGGCCAGACAGGGAACCUCCUGUUCUUCGGCUGCCGCUGGCGGGACCAGGACUUCUACUGGGAGGCCGAGUGGCGGGAGCUGGAGAAGAGGGGCUGCCUGACCCUGGUCACGGCCUUCUCCCGGGAGCAGGUGGGUGUGCGGAGGGCGGGCGGGGCGGGCAGGGCGGGGCGGGGCGGGGUGCUCACCCUCCCUCCUGUGUCCGGCGCCCCGCAGGAGCGGAAGGUGUAUGUGCAGCACCGGCUCCGGGAGCGAGGGCCGCUGGUGUGGGAGCUGCUGGACCACCAAGGCGCCUGCUUCUUCCUGGCGGGCAACGCCAAGGACAUGCCCGCAGCAGUGUCUGAAGCCCUGGUCUCCGUCUUCCGGGAGGAGGGUGGGCUCUCGGACCCAGAGGCAGCCGCCUACCUGGCCCAGCUGCAGCGGACCCUGCGCUUCCAGACCGAGACGUGGGCCUGAGGAGCUGUGCGCGGGGACCCUCAGGCUGCCCUGCCUGACCCCACGUGGCGACGGCCCGCUCCCUGUGUGGCCACAUGCAUCCGGGGCCUGCACUCAGCCGCCGUCCCUGGCUCCAGCCGGCCUUCCUUACUGGCUCCGAGUUAGGUCCUGCUCAGGAGCACCCAGAAGGCACCCUAGCCUGACAGGCAUCAGGGGGCCCCCCCGGACAACCCCCCUGCCUGGUGGCGCACCGGCCCCAGUUCCCGGGCCUGGGGGGCUGUCACCAUCCUCGCCUGGCUGCAGGAAGACUCAGCAAUAAACGCCGGCUCAGGUGUUGCUUCUGA